AUGAGCGCUCAAGACGUGUUCUGCCGCCCUGGUGGCACACCAUCUCAGAGAGCAGAGCACAAAAUUGGUUCCAAAAACUCGCAGUCUUUGACUAAUCGACCAUUUGCCACCCUGCUGGUCUUUUCUGCUGGCCGGAGAUUUGAAGCCGCGCAUUUAUCCACCAUUCAAGCUCCUUCCUUGGACACCGGCCUCGGGAAGCAUGGAAUGUGGAGGCCUGAGUCGGGGAUUGCCGAGGCCAAUCUGAUCGAUCUUACUCGUCCUGAUGCUCUUUAA